UAGAGGAAGUAGUUUUUUUUCGUUCUCCACGGCGAAGCGUGAAGAACUCUGGGUUUUUUAUGGGUAUUAUGGGAUUGUGGCGGUUUCUGAAAUCUUUUUCGUUUUUCUCUCUGGUGACCGGACUAUAUGUCCUGCACUCCUCAAUAGCCCUAAUCCUGGUCAACAAGGAAGUGCCCAACACACGCGGAAUGCUCUAUCCCAGGGAAUCGGAAACGCGAGAGGUGCGCUCUCUGGACGGGAUUUGGAACUUUGUUCGAUCGGAUCCAGCCAAUCCUACUCAGGGCAUCAGGGACAAAUGGUUUGAAAAUGAUCUUAGCAAAAUCCAGUCGACAAUACCGAUGCCCGUCCCCGCAUCCUACAACGACAUUACCACUGACAACCUGCGGGAUCAUGUGGGCACGGUGUGGUAUGAUCGUCGGUUCUUUGUGCCGCGCUCCUGGAGCAAGGAUCAGAGAGUAUGGCUGCGAUUCGGUAGUGUCCACUAUGAGGCCUAUGUGUGGGUUAACGGCCAGCGGGUGGUGAAGCAUGAGAUGGGUCACCUCCCGUUCGAGGCAGAGGUCACGGAUGUGCUGAAGUACGGGGCGGAAAAUCUGAUUACUGUGAUGUGCGACAACGCCUUGAUCCAGACCUCAGUGCCGCAGGGUAAGAUCACCGAAGUGCCCAAUGACAACGGAAUGACUAUUGUCCAAAGCUAUACAUUUGACUUCUUCAACUACGCUGGAAUACACAGGAGCGUGCAUUUGUACACAACUCCCAAGACGUUUAUCGAGGAAGUGAAGGUUAACACGAAUCUGAAAAACCAAAAUUCUGAGGGGGAGGUUUCCUAUGCGGUCUCUGUGAAGGGAAGCGUUGUUAAUGAAGCGGAUAAUGACCUCCAUAUCCAGGCGAAUCUGUAUGACAAGACGGGUCUUCUGGUGGCCAAUGCGACGUCGGAUGGAAAACUGGAGGGCGAAUUACAAGUGAGCGAUGUGAAGCCCUGGUGGCCAUACCUGAUGAGUCCAGAUCCCGGCUAUUUGUAUCAGCUGGAGAUCAAGCUACUGGCAUCCAACGAGGAGCUUCUGGAUGUCUAUCGUCUGAAAGUCGGUCUACGUACUCUGAGUUGGGACAAGUCUCAGUUCCUGAUCAAUGGAAAAUCUGUGUAUUUCCGGGGCUUCGGCCGGCACGAGGAUUCCGAUAUUCGCGGCAAGGGACUGGAUAAUGCUCUAAUGGUCCGGGACUUCAACCUGCUGAAGUGGAUAGGUGCCAAUGCCUAUCGCACAUCGCAUUAUCCCUAUUCCGAGGAGUCUAUGCAGUUCGCCGAUGAGCAUGGAAUCAUGAUCAUCGAUGAAUGCCCCAGUGUGGACACAGAAAACUUCAGCCAAGAACUGCUGGGAAAGCACAAAUCCUCGUUGGAGCAGCUCAUCCACAGGGAUCGGAACCAUCCAAGUGUGAUUAUGUGGUCGAUUGCAAACGAGCCGCGUACGGGAAACAUAAAUGCGGAUUCAUACUUUAGUUUGGUGGCCAACUUCACGCGCUCUCUGGACAAAACAAGACCCAUUACUGCGGCCAUUGCUGUUCCCUACACAAAUGAUCAUGCGGGUCGUCAUCUUGACAUUAUUAGCUUUAAUCGGUAUAAUGCCUGGUAUUCAAACACAGGCCGCUUGGACAUGGUUACCCAAAAUGUGAUCGACGAGGCUGUUGCCUGGAACAACGCGUACAAGAAGCCCGUAAUUAUGUCCGAAUAUGGAGCAGAUACUCUAGAGGGGCUGCACAUGCAACCUGCCUAUGUGUGGUCGGAAGAGUUCCAAACGGAAGUGUUUUCUCGGCAUUUCAAGGCAUUUGACGAACUGCGUAAAAAGGGCUGGUUUAUUGGUGAAUUCGUGUGGAACUUUGCCGAUUUCAAGACGGCUCAGAGCUACACUCGUGUCGGGGGAAAUAAAAAGGGCGUCUUCACCAGAGCUCGUCAGCCCAAGGCAGUAGCUCACUUACUUCGGAAGCGAUACUUUGCCUUGGGUCGGGAUCUAGAUCAAUGCAGUCUCCCAGAGGACAUCUUUAUUUACAUCGCUGAGUGGAAAUCCUAGAAGGAUAAAGGGACCAUUUGUAAAUACGACAAUUCUCUAGGGAAUGAUGUAGUCCCCUUGGCCACUGCCACCUCGUAUUUUCAUUUCCAUUCCUACAACUUCCAUUUACUAUCUGAAAAUUGUGUAGCCGUAGUGCUUUGUAUUUUUUUUAGACCCUUAAAAUUAAGG